UAAUGCAGUUAGAAGCCUUGGUAAAGUUCAGAUACUUCAUAACAAACAGAUUAACCAGAGGGAGUAGUUUGCUUGGGUACUCCACGAUUGCAGAACGCUUUAAAUAGUCUGGGACUGGUAGUGUUCAAACCAAAAGCACGUCAAAAAAGCCCGGAAGUUGACCGCUUCCUUUAUGAAGUUUUAAAGAACAUUGCUGCGCCUGUUUGUUUCGCUAGCGACUGACGUAGUGUGAGUGUGUUCACCUGCAUGGGUAAGAGCCACUCAGCCUAGCUGCUAUAUUGACCCAGCAGCGCAGACAGAAUAGAGUUUGAAAAAAUAAUGCUGAGCACGGUCAACUACCUGUGGUCACUGGAUGAUGUGCUGGGUCAGGGGGCGACGGCCAGCGUCUACAAAGCACGGAACAAGAAAAGCGGAGAGCUGGUUGCAGUGAAGGUGUUCAACAACGUGAGUUACCAGCGGCCCCUGGAGGUCCAGAUGAGAGAGUUUGAGAUGCUGAGGAAGCUCAACCACGUCAACAUUGUCAAGCUGUUCGCUGUGGAGGAGGUGACCCACAUCAACAACAAGCAGAAGGUUCUGGUGAUGGAAUUCUGCCCCGGAGGGAGUCUGCUCAACCAGCUGGAGGACCCAGAACAUGCGUUCGGACUCCCGGAGUCUGAGUUUCUCAUAGUGCUGCAGUGUGUAGUGGCUGGGAUGAACCACCUGCGUGAGAACGGGGUGGUGCACAGGGAUAUCAAGCCUGGGAACAUCAUGCGGCGUGUGGGGGAGGACCGGUGCUCCAUCUACAAGCUCACAGACUUCGGUGCGGCCCGGGAACUGGAGGACGAUGAGAAGUUUCUCUCCCUCUAUGGGACAGAGGAGUACCUGCACCCGGACAUGUAUGAGCGAGCCGUGCUCAGGAAACCGCAGCAGAAGUCCUACGGGGUGGCGGUGGAUCUCUGGAGCAUCGGGGUGACGUUCUACCACACCGCCGCUGGCAGCCUGCCGUUCAUACCCUACGGAGGACCGCGCAAGAACAAGCAGAUCAUGUAUAAAAUCACCACAGAGAAGCCGAGGGGGGCGAUAGCGGGAGUGCAGCGUCUGGAGGACGGACAGAUCGAGUGGAGCUAUGACCUGCCUGUCGCGUGUCAGCUGUCCGCAGGCCUGAAGUCCCAGCUGGUUCCGGUCCUGGCCAAUAUCCUGGAAGCGAACCAGGAGACGUGCUGGGGCUUCGACCAGUUCUUCGCUGGGACCAUGGAUAUCAUUCACAGAGUGGUGAUCCACGUGUUCUCACUGCAGCAGGCCACACUGCACCAAAUCUACAUCCACGCUUACAAUACGGUCUCUAUUUUAAUGGAGGAGAUUUUCAAAGUGGCGCGGAUCCAUCCCAAAUGCCAGCAGUACCUCUUUGAUGGGCACUACUACCCCCUGGAGGCCAGCAUGAAGGUGGGGAGCCUCCCCCCCACCUGCCAGGAUAAGCCCCUGUUCGUGGCGAGCCUGGAGCCCGAGAAGCCAGAGAAACCUAUCGGAGUGCAGUUCCGCGAACCGGAAAUCCCAGUUUUUCCACCAAGGUUUGAUGUUCUUGCUGAUUACAGUUUGUCAAAGUGCAUAGUGAGUGCAGUACACCAGUAUUUAAGAAUAAGCCACUCCUUACUGAAAUGGCAGGCAUUGGUAUUGCAGGGGUUUUACUGGCUGAUGGAAAAUAUAAAGCUGGAUGUGCUACAGAAAAUCAACAUGCUGAACCUGAUGCUGUCUUUCUGCAAGAGUACUGAGGCGAGGGUGUACAGGCUCUGCGAGUUUUCAGUGGACACCGGUGUGCCGGAGCUCAAAGACUACCCAGAGCAGAGGAAGAAGCUGCAGCUGUUACAGGAAACCCUCUUGGGUUACAUAAACAGCAUCCGUGACAUUCAAAACAAACUGGACCGAAUGAAAGCAGAGUGGUCCAAACAUUCGCAAAUAAUAGCAGAGGAUAAAACCACACAGAGGAUAGACUACUUGCUGGAAAUGAUAUCGGCAAUAUACCAUCAGUACCGGAAAGACAAAAUGACUGUCAAGAUACCUGACGACAGAGCACACUCGCCAUCCAUCUGCUUCGCGCCUCUUCAAAUGUCAAGUCAGGCGGCGUGCCAAUUGCUCUGCAGACAGAAAGACCUGUCGUAUAACGAUGAACAGAUACACAAGUUUGAAAAGAUUAACUUGACAACGCAUGUGAAGAAAGUGAAGUCCUUAUUCCGAGAUGAAUGUGUACAGAAGUACCAGGCUGUGCUCUCUGUGAUUGGCUGUUGGACCAGCGCGCUGUUCGAGAUGAAGACUCAGCUCAGAGAGUUCAACAGUGUUUUCAAGAGUCUCUUUGGGGAGCUGGAGGGAUGCCAGGAUCACCAGAGCAUGACCCUGAAAAAUGCUCUGCUGAGGAUCCAGCAGGAGGCGCCCUGGCCCGACCCGUCAGCCGCCUAUCUGGAGGACAGCCACGCGCAGAUGGCUCUGAGGAUUCGGCUUCUGAGAGACGAGAUGCAGGCAGUGGCACAGGAGCUGCAGCACAAUAAUUGUAUUAUUGAGAGUUUCAGCGCUCUGACCACCAGCCCUGGUGUCUGAUUCCCAGCAGCGGAUGGAACUGACUGGAAACCGCUUCGGUCUCCAGGGUGUCCUGCUUCAGCAUUAACUACUUCACACGCACAGCACUUUCGAUAUCCACCACGGAGUUUACCACUCCUUAAAGAAAUGCUUGUCGUGUUUUGUAAAUUAAUAUAUAUUUUGGCGUGAACAGCAGUACAGAGUUUAUGUCUGUAUUUGUGUUUUAUUAUUUUUUUUAUUUAAAGAAGUUUACCCUGGCUCCCUCUCUCUGUCACCAUGGUAGUACAUUGGUUGCAGUUCUAAUAAAGCACAGAAAGCUAUGCUCAUGUGUAUCUGCCAUAACAAAAGGGUCCAGCAUUCCCUAUCCGUCUGUCUACAUGCAUGUAUGUAAGCUUGUCAAAUACAAUAUAUUAUUGUACCAUA